GUUUGUGCUCUGCUUGUCCAAGCCUGUCAGCUGGUUCACCUUGAUCAGGAACACCUUGUCAUCAAAGUUUGUCAGCUUAUUCAUCAUCUACUUAACAGAUUUCAGGUGAUGGUUGAUGAACAGAACUUGAAUUUUCUUUUUUCCUACUGCAUCUCUGCUCUUAAGCAGUGCAGCUCUUGGACACAUGUUGAAAUCCUGCAAGCCUUAGCAGCUCUUGUUUACAAUAAUGGACCUAAAUGUCAGCAGCAUCUCCCAGAUUUGCUGGGCAGGACGGGGCUGUUGGUGCAGCUGAGUGAUGCUGCUCAGCCCGACGCGGAGCUGCGGCGGGCGGCGCUGCGCGCCAUGGCCAACCUCUGCCUCAGUGUGCCUGGGCAGCCAUACUUGGAUGAGUCCUACAGAAGUAUCUGUUUUCAAACUUUUCUAAGUGUUCUGCAGUCGUCAAAGACCUCUGACAUAGAUGACAUCACUUUUUGCAUGCUGCUGCAGAGUGCACUGAAAGGUAUCCAGUCACUUCUAAAUGGUGGGAAAAUGAAACUAAUGCAGACUGACCAAAUUGGACCUCUUUUUGCAGUAUUAAAGAAAUGUAUGUUUCAUGGACUGCCAGGACUGAGCAUAGAAGUGCCCGCAGCCCUGUACCCGGCCCCGCUCCCGCAGUACGACAAAAGGUCACCUGUCAAACAGGAACAAUCAGAAACUACCACCUUUAAGCAGACAGGGAACCGAAGAAAAAAGUCCAAAGGGAGACAAAAGAAGGGAGAGUUGGGAGAAGAAGGAAAAGAAGAUCUGGGUGAUGCAGGAAAAGAAUCAAUCCUUCCAUCUAACCUGCUGAAAUUGCACCUGGGGGAGGUGCAGAAAAGUCCUUGCUCAGAUCCUCGGAGUCGUGCAUCGGAUGUUGCUCCCAUGCCUGCUGGGAAGGAUCAUUUGUCUUCACAUCACACGAGUUGGAAAAGAAUCAGCAGCAGUGAGUCAGAAUAUUCUGAUGCUGAAGGUGGAAUGCAGAGCAAAACGAGAUCUUACCAAGCCAAUGUUCGUCAAGGGGCUCUUGCCUGUUUCCUCUCUGCUAUAAAAUCAAUAGAAAAAAGAGUUCUUUAUGGCUACUGGUCAGCAUUUGUCCCUGAUGCUCCUGGUAUUGGCAGCCCCCAGUCUGUGUCCUUGAUGACUAUUGCUUUGAAGGACCCUUCUCCAAAGACCCGUGCCUGUGCUCUUCAAGUUCUCUCAGCCAUUCUGGAAGGUUCCAAACAGUUUCUUUCUGUUGCUGAAGAUGCCAGUGAUCACAAGAGGGCUUUUAUUCCCUUCUCUGUAACUAUUGCUUCCAGCAUCCGGGAGCUGCACCGCUGCCUGCUGCUCGCCCUGGUGGCAGAGUCCUCCUCUCAAACCCUGACACAAAUAAUCAAGUGCCUUGCAAAUUUGGUUUCCAAUGCACCCUACAGCCGCUUGAAACCUGGGUUGCUGACAAGAGUUUGGAACCAGAUAAAGCCAUACAUUUGUCAUAAAGAUGUUAAUGUUAGAGUCUCCAGUCUGACCUUAUUAGGAGCUAUAAUAUCUGUCCAAGCACCUUUACCAGAGGUGCAGUUACUUUUGCAACAGCCCAGUUCUUCAGGGCUAAAUAAUAGUGGUAGCUCAACGCCUCACCGUUCUAACCCCUGUGAGCAGGGGAGGAAAGCCCUGCUAGCAGCAGGGGAGCCUCCAGAGCACCCAGCAGGAUCUGCAGCUCCAGAGCCCUGCUGGCUUCUCCGUCUCUGCGUUUCCAUCACUGUUCUGCCCAGAGAGGAUUCCUGUUCUGACGGCGACGUGAACUUCCCGUCGUUGUCCAGCGUUUAUGAGCCCUGUCCCCUUCGCCUGGAAUCCUUACAGGUGUUGGCUCUUCUUGUGAAAGGUUAUUUCUCUAUGGCUCAGAGCUAUUUCCUAGAGCUUGGAGAAGUGGCUUGUAGAUGCAUGGAAGAAAUGGAUCCAUCCAUUCAGCUUCAUGGAGCCAAACUUCUGGAGGAGCUGGGCACAGGAGUGCUGCAGCAGUACAAACCUGAUUCACCAGUUGCUCCUGAUCAGAGGGUACCAGUCAGUGUGGUGGUAACUUUCUGGACAAUGAUGUUAAAUGGCCCUUUACCUGGAACCCUCCAGAACUCCCCACACGCGACUCUGCAGACGAGUGCCUGUGAUGCCCUGUCCUCUAUCUUGCCAGAAGCUUUCAGCAGCCUGCAGAACGACCAGCAGAUCCUGUGUGUCACUCUGCUACUUGGCCUGAACCACAGUGAGAACCCACUGGUAAAAGCUGCUGCUGCCCGUGCCCUUGGAGUCUACAUCCUCUUCUCUUGCCUUCGGCAGGAUGUGAUGUUUGUGGCAGACACAGCAAAUGCCAUCCUGACCUCCCUCCAUGACAAGUCUCCCAACGUCCGUGCCAAAGCAGCUUGGUCCCUGGGCAACCUCACAGACACUCUGAUCAUCAACAUGGAAACAAUGGGACAAAGUUUCCAAGAGGAAUUUUCUGAUGUUCUGCUGUUGAAAAUGUUACGGUCUGCGACAGAAGCAUCCAAGGACAGAGACAAGGUGAAGAGCAACGCGGUCCGUGCCCUUGGGAAUGUGCUGCAUUUCCUUCAGCCAUAUCACAUAGCAAACCCCAGGUUCAGGGAAGCUAUUGAGGAGUCUCUUCAGGCCCUGAUUUCCACUGUUCAGAGCGAGGCCACGAUGAAGGUGCGCUGGAACGCCUGCUACGCGCUGGGGAACGUGUUCAAGAACCCUGCCUUGCCACUCGGAGAAGCACCUUGGUCCACACAAGCAUACAGUGCCCUUUCCUCAGUAGUGAAGUCCUGCAAGAAUUUUAAAGUCAGAAUCAAAUCAGCCAUGGCCCUCUCCAUCCCCAGCAGGAGGGAAUGCUAUGGCUCCACUGAGCAGUUCUGCCAGAUCUGGGGUGCCCUGGUGGUGGCCUUGCAGAAGAGUGAAGACACAGAGGACUUUCUGGAAUUCAAGUACAGUGCCAGCCUCCGGACACAGAUCUGCCAGGCUCUGCUGCAUUUGUUAAGUCUGGCAAAGAGCACAGACCUGCCAGGCAUCUGGGAAAGCAUCAGAGAAAAUGGGGAUUUGAUCAAAUCCUACAUCUUGCAAUAUCUGAAAUCUGGAGCGGAGGAAAGCGAAGCAGGAACGCACACGGACUUCUGGGAGAGGGAGAGAGCAUUGGAAGGAGCUAUUGAACAUCUUGGUGGGAUAGAGAAACAGCUGAAGGGCAAAGCUAGGGCAAGAGUGUCUGGUUAUCUGGAGGAUGUCUUGGCAAACCAUGCCAAUGCCACUGAACUAACAGAGGCGUAG